AUCUUUGCCCCCUUCGGGCUCUUGUUGCGUUUCAGAUCGAUCACCAGAGCCUACUACCGGAACUCAGUCGGGGGCCUGCUGCUCUUCGACAUCACUAACCGCAGGUCCUUCCAGAAUGUCCACGAGUGGCUAGAAGAGACCAAAGUGCACGUCCAGCCCUACCAGAUUGUCUUCGUGUUGGUGGGCCACAAGUGUGACCUUGACACUCAGCGGCAAGUCACCCGGCACGAGGCCGAGAAACUGGCCGUUGCCUACGGCAUGAGAUACAUCGAGACCUCGGCCCGGGACGCCAUCAACGUGGAGAAGGCCUUUACCGACCUCACGCGAGACAUAUACGAGCUGGUCAAAAGGGGGGAGAUCUCCAUCCAGGAAGGAUGGGAAGGGGUGAAGAGCGGCUUCGUCCCAAACGUGGUGCAUUCGUCGGAGGAGGUGGUGAAAUCCGACAGGCGAUGCCUCUGCUAGGGGGGAGAAACGAUGCCGGACUUUACUAACCCAACGUACCCUGCUAGAUGAACUCGGUGCGGCGGAAGGGGAUGCAGAGGGAAGUGUGGUGAGCAGCGUGUCACAGUGCUUUGGACCUCGGAAGAAUGGAACCAAGGAGGGAACAGGGAAGGGGGAAAAAAACCCUUAUGUAGGAAUGAACCCAGAUGCAUGCUUAUAUGGUAGGAGGUGGGCAGCGUUAAGAAAGACAAGGUCAUAGAGGGAUGGGGGACGCCAGGGAACUUCAAAGGCACCCUGUUUUAAGUGCACCUGACGUUCAGUGCUAUGGGAU